AUGGACCGGUGUGUCCUUGGGAUUAGAGAGCAGGACUUUGGCUUGUGAGCAGGAACUUCUGUGUCUCCCCCAAUGAAAGAGUGAUUUUAAAAUGGGUGAUGUUGAGAAAGGCAAGAAGAUUUUUGUUUGGAAGUGUAACCAGUACCAUACUGUGGAAAAGGGAGGCAAGCACAAGACUGGGCCAAAUCUCCAUGGUCUAUUUGGGCACAAGACAGGUCAGGCCCCUGGAUUUUCUUACAUGGAUGCCAACAAGAACAAAGGGAUCACCUGGGGAGAGGCUACGCUGAUGGAGUAUUUGGAGAAUCCCAAGAAGUACAUUCCAGUAACAAAAAUUAUCUUCACUGGCAUUAAGAAGUGUUCAGAAAGGGCAGAUUUGAUAGCUUAUCUGAAAAAAACUACUAAUGAGUAAUAGCUGGACACUCCCUUAUU